AAUCGCUUGAACAGGAUGCUCUUAAAGCCCAGAUGGUUAUUGCCAAGUCCAAGGAGGGGAAGAAGCGCAGCACUCUGGAGCAGCUGGCAGAGUCACCUUCGCCUGUGCCCACCCCGUCACCGACACCGCUGGAAGACUGCAGCCCCAGAGGCGUCACCUCGCCGGGAAGGCUGUCCAUGUCUGAAAAGAAGUUUGACUACCGGGAAUUUGCUGCUAUUCCUUCCUCCAAACCUGUUUACGAAAUCCAGUCUCCUGAUGCAGCUGAUGACCUCAGACACGUCGAUGACAGAAAUAACUCAGUUCCCCAGGAGCAGGAUGGGCAGCCAGGGGAAGAGGAAAUGUUAGUAACGCGUGAUUCAUCAACACCCACUCCGUCAGCACUGGAAGAAAUGGCCCUGUACAGCAGCAGGCGCAAGCUCCGCCACGGCCGGCGCAGCCUGGAGGCUGCCGUCCCUACGUAGGAGACCUGACGCGCCUGGGCGAUGGCGUAGCCCAGCACGGGGCUUCGGGGCUGCCUGUGCUCCAGGGACAGCACUGCACUGCCCA